AUACCGUCCGCGGCAGACUUCUUCGUCCAUAGCAUCCCCUCGCUGGCCAACUCGUCCUCCCUGCUCACCUACGCAGGCUAUCUCCCCGCUCGACCCGAUGCCAAAGACGAUGCCCACCUCUACUUCUUCCUCGAAAAGGCACGUCAUCUCGGUGCGGGCAAAAAGAGGCGACUAAUGCUUUGGUUGAACGGCGGGCCUGGUUGCUCGUCCUUUGACGGCUUGAUGAUGGAGAUCGGCUCAUUUCGACCCAGCAUGACAAUCAAGGAACGCCUCGAGUGGACCGUACCCGGCGGAGCAUGGAACGAGUACACCGACGUCCUCUUCCUCGACCAGCCCGUGGGGACAGGAUUCUCUUACACCAGCACGGAUGGAUACGCCCACAGUCUCGGCUCAGCAGCAAAGGACGUCGUCCAUUUCCUCAAGCAGUUCGUUGCAGUCUUCCCCGAGUAUGGCGCCGACGCUGGCUGCGACUUUUUCAUCGCCGGGGAAAGCUACGCGGGGCAGUACAUCCCCUACACGGCCGACGCCCUCUUGGCAGACCCCAAGAACCCGCUCGCACUUCAAGGCAUUGCGAUAGGCAAUGGAGCCAUUGACCCUCGCUCCCAGGCAGGUUCAGAGCUGGACAUGAUGAUCGAGAGCGGCGUGUGGAAAAAGGGUGGGCGCGAAUACAACGAGAUGAAACCAAAGAACGACGUUUGCGAGGCAGAGAAGCGAAAGCUCAAGGAGGGAGAGCACCCGCAAGAGAUUGACGGCUGCGAAGGUCUACUACAGGACAUCAUCGAGCUCACCUAUCAACCUGCAUCGCCUUCCUCCUCCUCCUCCUCAUCACCGGGUCGAUGCAUAAACAUCUACGACACCCGUCUAAGCGACACCCAUCCCGCCUGCGGCAUGAAUUGGCCACCCACCCUCGCCCCCACCUAUACCUACCUGGCCAAACCAGAGGUACGCAACGCAUUCCACGUAUCGGCAACACACCACCCGGAAGCAUGGAUCGAGUGCUCCUCUCGCGUCUCUGCAGGGCUAAGCGACAAGUCUUCGCCAGCGAGCGUUACGCUGCUACCUGGGCUACUGGAGCGAGGGAUCAAAGUCCUCUUGUUCGCAGGCGACCAGGACUUGAUCUGCAAUUGGAUCGGCGUAGAACGCGUGGUACAGAACCUCCACUGGUCCGGGACCACAGGGUGGGGCUCUUCGCCCCCACCCAAGCGAAGCUGGACAGUCAAUGGCACUUCAGCCGGCUGGUGGCAGGAAACGCGCAACCUCACCUUCGUCUCCGUAGCCGGUGCGAGCCACAUGGUCGGCUUCGACAAGCCCCUCGAGUCGGCAGAUAUGAUCCUCCGCUGGAUGUCUGCGCCAGGGGAUCAGGACCUCGUGCGCGGUGCGGCUGGACCUAGCGCUUUGAUCCCUAGCACGCUAGAGGGGGAGAGGGAACGACUCGUCCUCAGCCCGGCGCCGCCGCCUAGCGCUGCAGGCGGGGUGGGGGAGGUAUCGCCCGGUCAGCAAGGCAAGGAAGGGAUGAUCGUGGGCGCAGAUGGGAAGAGUGAGGCACAGGUAGCCGAAGAGGCUAAGUGGGCCGCGUACUAUAAUGCGGGGAGUGCGGCUCUCGUUUUCCUUAUCCUGCUCGUGGGGUUCGGGACUUGCUUCCUCUUGAGGGGCAGGAGGCGGAUGAUGCAGAGGGGGUUGCAUUUAGGCGGGGUCACAGGUGCGGGCACGGGCGCGGGCGCGGGUGCGAAGGGUGGGUCAUUUGCGCUCAAUGGUGGUGGAGGGGAGGGGUCCUUGGAUGAGCAGCAUGAGUUGAGCCAUCUCGUCGCCAAUCAGGAGAGACUGAGCGAAGACGACGACGACGAUGAGCAGGAGACG